UCAUCAUUUUACACUUUGGACUCGCUGAUCUGUCUACUGGAUACCUACAGCGAGGGAAAGGAUGUCUGAUUCUGUUGAUCAGACUGUUCUAUGUCCUGCGUGUGGCACAAAGCAAGACAUACCUCCAGGGCUUGCAGGUCGGGAGGAGUAUGGGAGGACCUGCAUCAGCUGCGGCUUCUCCAUGAAACUGCGUCUACAACAGGGAGCUAGCGAGGGCGUCACCUUCACAGUGAAUGGCACUCAGUUGACAGUGAGAGAUGAGUUUAACCCCGCCACGUCCCUCAACGAGUACCUGAGGAGGACAGGUGUAUCCCGGGGUACAAAGCAGCUGUGUAUUGAAGGAGGGUGUGGGGUGUGUCUGGUGGCCGUGAAACUGUACGAGCCGGUCAGCGCCACGUCACAGGUGUACGCAGUCAACUCGUGUUUAGUUCAGCUGUACAUGUGUGACGGGUGGGAGAUAACGACCAUCGAAGGACUGGGCAAUGUCCGAACUGGCCUCCAUGCAAUACAAAAGCGUCUGACUAAGUACAAUGGAGCUCAGUGUGGCUUCUGUACCCCCUCCCAGGUCAUGAAUAUGUAUGGUUUGCUUCAGAGAAACCCCACACCCACCAUGCAGCAGGUCGAGGACGCCUAUGAUGUCUCUAUUUGCCGCUGCACAGGCUACAGACCCAUCUUGGAUGCCAUGAAGUCUUUCGCUUCAGACGCCCCACCUAACCUACAAGGAGGCAUGAUUGAUAUCGAGGAUUUGAACCCCAAGAUGUGCAAGAAGACCGGUACGAAAUGCGAGGGCAAGUGUGACAACAAGAAGGACAAGAAGCGCUGUUCCAGUGAUCGACAAGAAGACAGCAGUUCAAUCCCUAACGUGGGCGCCAGGGCUGUGUGGUUCAAACCCACCACACUGCAAGAGCUGUACACCCUGCUCCAUCAACACCGCACGGACAACUACCGCCUGGUCUUCGGCAACUCUGGCUUCGGUGUCUACAAGGAGAUCGGACCGUGGAUGUAUGACAUUUUGAUUGACAUCAGAGGAAUACAAGAGCUGUACAAGAUUGAGUUCACUCCCUCGCUGGUGUGGGGCGCUAACCUGACGCUGACCAACAUCCACGACCUGUGCGACAAGGCGCGCAGCAACGCAUCACUGCCGUACGCCGCCGUCUUCGCGGAGCACAUCAAGAAAGUGGCCAACAAUGGCGUCAGGAACCUGGCAUCAUGGGCAGGCAAUCUGAUGCUGAAACACAAACAUCCAGAGUUCCUCUCUGACAUCUACACCAUGCUGGAUGUUGUUGGUACCAGACUUCUGAUUGGCGAUGAAACUGGAAACAGAAGCCAGUGCACCUUGAAAGAAUUUCUCAGCCUAGACAUGCAGGGCAAAGUCAUCGAGGCAGCCUUACUCCCAACCUACACCGACACCAACUACUACAUCCGACUUUACCGUGUUUCACAGCGACUACAGGCUGACCAUGGUCACGUGAUAGCAGGGUUCAACAUGAAGAUAGACAAGACCAACAACUGCACGGUGCUACAACGACCAACUAUCGUGUUCCAGGGCAUCAGCGGCACUCUGAACCGUGCUGAAAAUACAGAGGCUUUUCUGGAAGGCAAGCAGCUGGGUGAUCCUCAAGUUCUGAGAGACUCACUUUCUAUGCUGAACAUGGAGCUGACCCCUGCCAGUAGCCCUCUACUCGCCAGUGCUGAUUAUCGGCGAAGUACUGCAAUGUCAUUCUUCUACAAGUACGUGCUGGACGUGUGUGGAGACAAGGUGGCUCAGAGGUACCGCAGUGGAGGGGCCAGUCUGGUGCGCCCAGUGUCGUCAGCAAGGCAUUCCUAUGACACCCGACAGGAGGAAUGGCCUCUGAACCAGCCCAUCACCUCCAUCGACGCUGAUUACUUGGUUUCUGGAGUGGCUCGGUUCUUGGAUGACCUCCCACUGGAGUCGGACGAGCUGCACGCUACUUUGGUUAUUAGCACAGAAGGAAACGCUGAAAUUGCCUCCCUUGAUGCCCAGGUGGCGCUGUCUUUACCAGGGGUACUCAAGUUUAUUCAAGCUUCUGACUUUCCAGCCGGAGGAAAGAACAGCUUUUCCCUUUUUGGUCCAACCCCAGAAGAGAUUCUCUCAAGCGGUCGUGUGGAGUAUGCUGGGCAGCCCAUUGGCAUCAUCGUUGCAGACGACCCUCAGAUGGCAAGUACAGCUGCCUCCAUGGUCAGGGUGACCUACAAGAAUGUCCAGCCUCCAUUGUUAGACCUCAGGACGGCCAUCAACCAGAAGUCAUUCUUUCCCCACCAGACGGAUCCUGUCAUCAGAGGUGACCCAGACUCGGCCAUAAGGCAGUCCCCUCGCCGCCUGACUGGGUCUGUAGAGGUAGGAGACCAGUACCACUUCCACCUGGAGUCACAGAGCAGCAGGUGUGCCCCCAACGACACGGGGGGCAUCGACAUGCGGGCGACAACUCAGUGGGUGGACGGGACAGUGAAAGUUGUGGCUGAAGCCCUCAACAUCCCAGUGAGCAGCGUGAACCUGGAGGUCGAACGCCUCGGUGGUGCAUUCGGAGGAAAAGCUUUCCGCAAUUCAAUCGUCUCUGGAGCGUGCGCUUUGGCUGCCUACAUCAUGCAAAAGCCCGUGCGCUUGGUCUUGGACCUGCACACGAACAUGAAGGCGCUGGGCAAACGCCAUCCGGUGAUUGCAGAUUAUGAGGUAGGUUUCACGGAGGAGGGAUAUCUGAAUGGAAUCAAAAUCACCUACUACUCUGACUGCGGUCACGCUGAUGUUGACUGGACCUUGGUUUUCCUUUCCAUGUUCAUUGACAGCACCUACUUUGUCCAAACUGGAACCUCACCCAAUUACUGUAAGAACAAACAAAGCGGCCAACACCACCUGCAGAGCACCAGAUGCCGUGCCCUCUCAGUUCGUCUUUGAUACUGUGCUGGAGCAUGUUGCCAAAGCGCUUAACAAGGACCCCACUGACAUUCGAAAACUUAACCUCUAUCAGAGAGGACAGUUUUCACUAAAUGGGUCCAGGCUGGACUACUGUAACAUCCAGGAAGUUGUCUCCCAGUUAGAGAGUUCUUCUGACUUGGAAGUUCGAAAACGUCAGGUGGCCGAGUUCAAUCAG